GCGGGGAGCGCUGUGCCCGCCCUGCCGACUGGCCCCCCCCGGGAGGAGGAGGAGAGAGCAGGGCCGCGCCUCCGGCGGCGGGACAGUCUCGGGAGCAGCGCGAGCCACCGCGCCACCGCGCCGAGCCUGGGACAAUGGGGCCGCGGCGGCUGCUGCUCGUGGCCGCGGGGCUGAGUCUGUGCGGCCCCCUGCUGUCGGCCCGCACCCGGGGCCGCAGGCCAGGGUCAAAAGCAACAAAUGAUACUGUGGAUCCCCGGUCGUUUAUUCUCAGUAAUUCCCACGAUCAAUUUGAACCAUUCCCCAUGGAGGAGGGGUACGAGGAGGAGAACAAAAGCAUGUUAACUGAAGACACAUCAAGCUCCAUCAACAGGAACAGUCCGCUUCGAAAGCCGCCUGCGGAGCCCAUCUCCAAAGAGGCCUCAGGGUAUCUGACCAGCACCUGGUUGACUCUCUUCAUCCCCUCUGUCUACACGGGUGUCUUCGUGAUAAGCCUGCCUCUCAACAUCAUGGCCAUUGUGUUGUUCAUCUUGAAAAUGAAGAUCAAGAAGCCUGCCAUGGUGUACAUGUUACACCUGGCCAUGGCAGACGUGUUCUUUGUGUCUGUGCUCCCUUUUAAGAUCAGCUAUUACUUUUCCGGAAGUGAUUGGAAAUUUGGGUCUGAAAUGUGUCGCUUCGUCACUGCAGCGUUUUACUGUAACAUGUAUGCCUCCAUCAUGCUCAUGACAGUCAUAAGCAUUGACCGGUUUCUGGCUGUGGUGUACCCUAUCCGGUCCCUCUCCUGGCGCACGCUGGGGAGGGCGUCCUUCACGUGCCUGGCCAUCUGGGCUCUGGCCAUCGCGGGGGUGGUGCCUCUUCUCCUCCAGGAGCAGACCACCCGGGUGCCGGGGCUCAACAUAACCACUUGUCAUGACGUGCUCAACAAGACGCUGCUGGAAGGUUACUAUGCCUAUUACUUCUCAGCCUUCUCUGCCGUCUUCUUUUUUGUGCCGUUGAUCAUUUCCACAGUCUGUUACGUGUCUAUCAUUCGAUGUCUUAGCUCUUCCGCAGUUGCCAACCAGAGCAAGAAGUCCCGGGCUUUGUUCUUAUCGGCUGCUGUUUUCUGCAUCUUCAUUGUUUGCUUCGGACCCACAAACGUCCUCCUGAUUCUGCACUAUUCGUUCCUGUUUCCGAUUUCCACGACAGAGGCUGCCUACUUUGCUUACCUCCUCUGUGUCUGUGUCAGCAGCAUAAGCUGUUGCAUUGACCCCUUGAUCUACUAUUACGCUUCCUCCGAGUGCCAGCGGCACCUCUACAGCAUCUUCUGCUGCAAAGAAAGUCCCGACCCCAGCAGUUCUAACAGCAGCGGUCAGCUCAUGGCGAGUAAAAUGGAUACGUGCUCUAGUAACCUGAGCAACAGCAUAUACAAAAAGCUGUUAGCUUAGGAAAAGGGACUGCCAGUGAGUUAAAAAGAAAAGGUUAAAAAAAACCUACAUAACCUGAGGAUUCUACUAGUCCUUGCCAAAACAGUAUUUACUUCACCGUCAAAAACAGGAAAUGUAUGAUUUGCAUGCCUCCUUCUUAGGAGAGCCAUUAAGCAUAUUUAUUUGUUCAUUACAGGAAAAGAUAACGGGAAUAGAAAACGACGUUGUUCCCAGGGAGUGUUGCCAAUGCUGCAGUAGUAACUGGAUGUCACUUUUUGAUGUAUGUACAUUCAUGUACAUACACACACUUGUGUCACCUGCAGUGCAGUAUAGAUGAGGCACUUUGAACCCCUCCUUUUUUUUCCCCCCAGAGAUUAUGGAAAUAAACUCUGAUUCUCUGAUUUCAUAGGCAAAGUUUAGGUUGGUGCAGUUCAGGCCUCAACACCUGGAGCUGUCCAUCAGUAGUGAGCGAUUCUCUAGUUUGGACUUACCCAGUUUUUGCAAAUAAGUGUAUCUUGAAAUUGUUCAGCAGCAAUGUUUAAGUUAUUGAGGGAUAAGACAGUAUUUGUGUGUAGAAAAAGUUCUACUGUUUUUCAUUCUAAACAUAUCAAAGUUUGAAUUCCUUAAAUUGCGAAAACAGAUGAUAUGGGUAGCAUUUUGGAUGUUUUACAUGCUGUAUACGUAGACCAAGAAGGAGCAUAGGUUCCACCAGUGAUGUUAGGCUGGGCUUCACAAUUCCCUGCCCUGGGAUGGAGGCCUCGCCGCAGUAGACGCAGGGCGGGGCCGCUGCAGACAGGCGUGGCCAGAAGCCCGAUGGCUGAGCCGCCGGAGAGCAGAGGCACUGGACCCCUGUGUUUGCUCUCUCCUCCUAGGGUUCUCUCAGGGGCAGGCUCUGAGCUGAUCCCGUUUGGGAGGAACCGGCGAAGCAGGCCGCACUGUCCCUGGACAGAAUGAAUAUAAAAGACCUCUCUGUGGAUUUCGAGAACAGAAAAAGAAGGCGCAUGCCCUUCUAGCGGUACCCUGCCAGGACCACUCUCGGAUGGAAACACCCGUGAGCCAGCGUCAGCACCCAGGUGUGCUCUGGGCGUAGAGAGCUGAGUAAGACUGAGACCGGCCCUCAAGAAGAACAGCGUAGACGACACGUAGAGUGUGACGUGUGUAAUAAAUGUGUCAUUACAUAAAGAAGUGUUUUUAGCCAGUUGUCACCAAGCAAGUCUCACCCAAGCAGGGCCUGUCCUUUGAAGAACUUUGAACAUUUACGUUACUGCUUCCUGUGGUUAUAACUUGAGCAGAAAACAUAAUGGAAUACAGGAAGCGCAUUUUUUAAAGUCAGUCCUUCAGUCUACAGGAAUUGGACACUAUUUAUAAGUGUUUUCAAGAAAUUACUCAAAUCAGGUCUUUUUAAAAGAAUCAGUUAUGUCAGUCUGAUUAGAAAUGACAGAAGAAAACAAAACUGACUUUGUAAUCUAGGAAACUUAUCCUGUAUUUUCCACUCACUUGUAUUAAGAAUUAAUGAGGGGCCUGCCUGGUGGUGCAGCAGUAAAGUUCACGCAUUCCUUUUUGGCAGCCUGGGAUUCGCAGGUUCGGAUCCCAGGUACGGACCUGUGCACUGCUUGGCAAGCCAUGCUGUGGCGGGUGUCCCACAUAUAAAGCAGAGGAAGAUGGGCACAGUUGUUAGCUCAGGGCCAGUCUUCCUCAGCAAAAAGAGGAGGAUUGGCAGCAUAUGUUAGUUCAGGGCUAAUCUUCCUCAAAAAAAAUGUCAAUGAGCUAAUUUAAUGCCAUGAUGAGUAACAAGUACAGAAAACCCUCAUGGAUUUGACAAAAUAAUUUGACGAUUAGGUUGAAGUGUAUCUUUUUUCCUUAUGACAAAAUGUUGGCAUUUUAAACAAACAAGAAAAGUGGAAAGUUGCAAGGCAAAUGCUUACCUAUUUAAAAGCAAAUUUCCAAAUGCCACAGAAUAAUUUACAGAAUAGUAUGUAUUAUAAGUAGAAGCUAGCAUUGAUUUUUAUUAAUUUAGUUAUUCUAUUCAUUUUCUCCAACUGAGUGGAGAUUUAGUCAUUGUUCAUUCAGUCUGUAUGUAUUAAAAUACCUCUGACUUAAUAUGACUAUCGUUAGCAUAUCAUCAGUCUGUACUUAUAAAAUAUUAUGUCACUGUUUUUAUGUUCUCUUUUUUUAAAAAAUGUAUGUAACCUGUAUUAAUAAACAUGAACAUUUGCUUGGUA